AUGACCUCUGGCGCUGCUCAACGCGAGAACCGCUGCGAGGAAGGCCUCGCAGAAUCUGCGCCAUUACUGAGCAGUCCACGCGACGGCAAUGAAGGUCGGGGCAAAGCAAAGAACCAUUCCAGUCUCUUCUUCAAGAUCUACGCCGUUGUGUUCUGCGUCAAUCUCGGGUUCCAGAUUCUGGCUCCAGCACAGACCCAGAUCUACGAAACCAUCUACUGUUCGCAAUGGUACCGCCGGCACCCAAUUGAUUCAUUGCCACCGACCAGCAAGAUCCCGGAGUCGUAUUGCAAGAUAGGUCCCGUCCAGACGCAGAUAUCUACACUAAAAGGAUGGUACGAGUUCUUUUCUGCGGCUCCAAGUCUUCUGCUGAGCAUCCCAAUGGGAAUGCUCACCGAUGCCAUUGGCCGACGACACCUGAUGAUCCUGAACGUCACGGUCCUGUGCUUGACGCAGGUGUGGACCACCUUUGUCACCUGGUCCGACGGUCAGAUACCUCUUCGGGCGGUAUGGUUGGGCGCGAGUCUCAACUUUCUGAGCGGCGGAGUUAUUGUCACAGAGUUGCUUUUUGUGUGUAUCCUGACCGAUAUCAGUCCAAGCGAUCGUAUAGUAGAGACAUUCUUCCGGACCACUGCCUUUGGGCACUUCAGCAAGGUCAUUGGACCCGUCGUCGCAGCCACCCUCAUGCGGUUUGAUCCAUGGCUCGCCGUCUACCUUGGACUCGCGCUACUAGUCAUCACCGUGAUGCUGGUUGCAACCGUUCCAGAAACCAUACACUUGCAAGCCGCUGCCGGGCACGACGGAGCCGGAGCUCACCAGGAGGACCAGAUAGCAGCGUCCCCGAUAGAAUCUCAACGUGGGAACAGCAGCACGUGGCGACAGCUCAACUUACGCCGUCUCAUCAAAGUGUGGAGCGACUGGCGCCUCGUCUUCAUCGCAAUAACCUACCCCUUUCGCCUGGUCUGCUACGCCCUGAGCGACCUCCUCCAGCGGUACGUAUCGGACCGCUACGGCUGGACCCUGGCAGAUGCCACCUUAAUCUACUCGCUGCAAGCAGUUGGCGCCGGGCUGGUGCUAUUCACGCUGCUGCCGAUGAUUUCGGCGCGCAUCGACGUGCGGUACGCGUUCAGCGCGAUCCAGAAGAACGUGGUGCUGUCACGCGCCUCGUUGUUCGUGCUGGCCGUCGCCUUCGCCGUGAUCGGCCUGGCACCGCACCCGGCCGUCAUGGUCGUGGGACUCUUGCUCGAGACGCUGUCGACGGGGUUCCCCGCGACGCUGCGCGCGCUGGCGACGGCGCUCAUCGACGCCGACGACAAGGGCCGCGUCUUCUCCGUCUUGGCCAUCGCAGAAACUCUCAGCGUCAUGCUCGCGUACCCCUUUACCGCCACCUUAUUCAACAUCGGCCUCCGCCGCGGCGGCGGCUCCUGGCUCGGCUUGCCCUACGAUGUCAUCUCUGUGGCCGCCGCCUUGGGAUGUGCCGUCAUGUGUCUCCUUCGCUUCGAGAGGCCUGUGCGGCUUGUGUGA